AUGGGGCGGACCAUCGAUCAGGACGUCCACGCGGCGUUUGUCGAGUUCAAGGCGAAAGAGGACGACAAAUGCAUGUCGGUUCAAUGCAUCUAUUGCCAACAAAUUCGUGCAAAGAACACUUCUCGCCAGAAGCAGCACUUGCUCGAGUGUCCUGGCUUACAAAACCAUCCAAAUGCCCCUCGACCACAAUCCUCUGCCGGCGAUGCCAUCGGCCCUCCCCAUGGCUUUGGUACGCCAUCAACGCUCCACACAUCCAAUGGUCCUAUAACCAAUGGAAUUGCUCCCCAUGGCACUCCUAUGCAAGGAAUCACCACCACCCCGUCGAUGCCCUCGCAGACGCCGCAAGGCAACUCGACCACGCCGUUGCAAAGACCGACUCCGAAACCAAACAAGACUCCCAAGACUACCCCGGGCUCGAACCUGCCUGCUCCACCUCUCGAUGAUGUCCACGCUGCCUUCGUUGAGUUUAGAGCCAAAGAGGAAGAUAAGUGUUUGUCGGUACAAUGUAUCUACUGCAACCAGAUCAGAGCCAAGAAUACGUCGAGACAGCGUCAGCAUCUGCUAGAGUGCGCAACCUAUCAAAAUGUCAUGAAAGAGUCAAUACCGGCCAACAACCUCCUCCAUCGGUUCGACGAGGGAGAUAUUGCUCGAUCACUACAAUUGCCAGCUCCCGCACUUGAGCUCGACUUCCGUAUGAGCAUCAAGGUUAAUCCCAAAAUUUCCGUGGGAGCAGGUCUAUUUGGUCAUCGUGACUGGGUUAGCAUUGUUGGCGGCCAAUGGGCCGGAAGAUGGGGCAAGGGAAUCAUCAUUCCCGGAGGACAAGACAACCAGUUGGUCGUGAAAGAUCUCGCGACACGUAUUGACGCCACCUAUCUGCUCCAAACUAAUGACGAACCGCCCGCCUACAUUACUGCGAAAUCCAAGGGUUGGCGAACUGGCCCUAAAGAUGUUCUUGAACGUCUUAACGAUCCACAAGUGGCAGAUACGAUUCCAGCGAACCAGUACAAAUUCCGUAUCUCGAUCGAACUCGAGACUGGGGAUGAGAGGUAUGCAUUUCUGAACACUUGUAUCUGGAUGGGAAGUGGUUGCCGAAGAAUUGGUGAAAGUAAGUGGCUAUGA